AUGAGUAUACUUUCAGAGAAUAAUUCCACACCCACGUCUAUAACAGAUCCAAGGAAGACUUCCCAUUCACACAAUACAGAAUCAAACCCUCGUUCUAGGGUAUCUUCUGCACCUGAAGUUGGAUCGACACCACUAGCACCCCCAACUCAGGUCAUGAAUACUACAUCAGCCAACACUUCUUCUUUAAGUUUAGGGUCUCCAAUGCACGAGAAAAUAAAACAAUUUGAUCAAGAUCGGGUCGAUACAGGGGAAAUUAAUGACGCGUUUACAAAAUCUGUAUCUGGCGAUGUUGAUGAUUUACAACAAUCACGCAACAACCACAUCGAGAGUGAUAAGGAACAAAAUGAAGAUGAUGAUGAAAAAACACAAGGAAUGCCUCCUAGAAUGCCAGGUACAUUCAAUGUGAAAGGUUUGCACCAAAAUGAUGAUAGUGACAAUGAAAAACAGUACACUGAGCUAACUAAAUCAAUAAAUAAGCGUACCAGCAAAGAUUCGUAUUCUCCUGGUACUCUUGAAAGUCCUGGUACUAUAAAUGCAAUGGAUGCAAAUAACGUUUCACCAGCUGUUAUAGAGGAAGAACAAACACAAUCUUUUCAAGAUGUGCCAUCGACCUUACAACACCAAAAUGAAAAUGCAAGCUUGUCUGCACCCCGCAGUGGACCGCCACCGAUUCCAAAUUCAAAGACAUCGUCAUAUCAUGAUAUGAGUCUGGAUAUAUCUUCAUCGGCUUCUGUGCAUAAGAUCCCGUCAAAUCCAACUUCUACUCGAGGUUCUCAUUUAUCAAGUUACAAGUCUACUUUGGACCCUGGGAAACCUUCACAAGCAGCACCACCAGUUGAUAUAGAUAAUUUGUUAACUAAAAGUGAAUUGGAUCUGGAACCGGACACUUCAAGUAGUGCUACAGAUUCCCCAAACCUUUUAAGAAACGAUACCUUGCAAGGAAUACCAACACGAGAUGACGAAAAUAUUGACGAUCUGCCCCGUCAAUUAUCACAAAAUACUAGUGGAACUUCAAGAAAUACUUCGGGAACAUCAACUUCGACAGUGGUGAAAAACUCGAGAUCUGGUACAGCAAAAUCAACGGCGCAUAACCAAACAGCAGCAAUAACUCCCGUCAUCCCUAACCACAACAAGUUUCACCAACAAGCGACAAAUACUAGCUCAUCAUCGCUAGAGCCUUUGGGGGUCGGCAUAAAUUCAAACCUGUCACCCAAGAAUGGCAAGAAACGAAAAAGCGGAGGUAAGGUCCGAGGCGUGUUUUCCUCGAUGUUUGGGAAAAGCAAGUCAUCGUCAUCAUCGUCUUCUUCAAAUUCAGCUCUGAAUAGCCAUUCUCAGGAAGUCAAUAUCAAGAUCAGUACCCCAUUCAAUGCCAAACAUCUUGCCCAUGUAGGCAUUGAUGAUAAUGGUUCAUACACGGGUUUGCCAAUAGAGUGGGAAAGGUUAUUAUCUGCCAGUGGUAUUACAAAGAAGGAACAACAACAGCAUCCACAAGCAGUGAUGGAUAUAGUGGCCUUUUAUCAAGAUACAAGCGAGAAUCCGGAUGACGCUGCAUUUAAGAAGUUUCAGUUUGACAAUAAUAAAAGUAGUUCAAGUGGUUGGUCUAAUGAAAAUACUCCACCAGCAACACCAGGUGGCAGUAGUAGUGGCGGUGGUGCUCCUUCAAGUCCACAUCGUACACCACCUUCAUCGGUCGUUGAAAGAAGCAGCAUUGAACAGAAAACAAGUACCCCAUCUCAAUCAGUACCAAAGACGGAUAGUAAACAGCUGCAACAUGACGAUAAUGUUCAAUAUACACCAAAGACGCCAACAUCUCAUAUUCAAGAGAAUCAAUUUAUUCCAAGCAGGCCAGCUCCUAAACCACCAUCAACACCGCUUUCUGCUAUGAGUGGGUCACACAGAACACCUUCUUCACAACCAUUGCCAAGGAAUGAUUCACAAUCGGAUCUUCGUUCAUCAACCCCUAAAUCACAUCAAGAAGUUUCUCCAAAUAAGAUAAAGAUUCGUUCACUCUCGUCGAAAUCAUUAAAAUCAAUGCGGUCUAGAAAAAGUGGGGAUAAAUUUACCCAUAUCGCUCCUGCUCCUCCUCCACCGUCAUUGCCAGUAAUUCCUAAAUCAAAGUCCCAUUCAGCGUCUUUGUCUAGUCAAUUGAGACCAGCAACAAAUGGAUCGACGACUGCCCCUAUUCCAUCAAGUGCUGCUUUUGGUGAGAACAACGCUUUACCUAAGCAAAGAGUAAAUGAGUUUAAAGCUCAUAGAGCGCCACCACCACCACCUCCUCCACCACCUCCACCGGCCAAUAUAUUAUCUGAUCAAAAUGUUGAGAUACCUCAACAACGUACUGCUCCUCUGCAAGCAUUAGCUGAUGCGACUGCACCGACUAACAUCUAUGAAAUUCAACAAACUAAGUAUCAAGAAGCCCAACAGAAACUACGUGAGAAGAAGGCUAGAGAAAUUGAAGAAAUACAAAAACUACGAGAAAAGAAUAAACAGCACAAUGCUGAACAAAAUAUUUCUGAGUUGAGAACCAAUGCUGCUACUACAGGUACUGCUGGUGCUAGUAAUAAUGCCCCGCCAGUACCUAUACCAAACAAGAAACAACCUACUGGUUCUGGUGGUGGACGUGAUGCCAAACAAGCGGCAUUGAUUGCGCAAAAGAAACGAGAAGAGAAGAAACGGAAAAACUUACAGAUUAUUGCCAAAUUGAAGACAAUUUGUAAUCCUGGUGAUCCAAAUGAAUUGUAUAUUGAUUUGGUAAAGAUUGGACAAGGUGCAUCUGGUGGAGUUUUCCUUGCUCAUGAUAUUCGUGACAGGUCAAAUAUCGUUGCCAUCAAGCAAAUGAAUUUAGAACAACAGCCAAAGAAGGAGUUAAUUAUCAAUGAAAUCUUAGUGAUGAAAGGUAGUCUGCAUCCCAACAUUGUCAAUUUUAUUGAUUCGUAUCUUUUGAAAGGCGAUUUAUGGGUGAUUAUGGAAUAUAUGGAAGGGGGUUCACUUACAGAUAUAGUUACUCAUAGUGUUAUGACAGAAGGCCAAAUUGGAGUUGUAUGUCGUGAAACUUUAAAGGGAUUGAAGUUUUUGCAUUCCAAAGGGGUGAUCCAUCGUGAUAUUAAAUCUGACAACAUUUUGUUAAACAUGGAUGGAAACAUUAAGAUUACUGAUUUUGGAUUCUGUGCUCAAAUCAAUGAAAUUAAUCUGAAACGUAUCACUAUGGUUGGUACUCCAUAUUGGAUGGCUCCAGAAAUUGUUUCUCGUAAAGAAUAUGGUCCAAAAGUUGAUGUUUGGUCAUUAGGAAUUAUGAUCAUAGAGAUGUUGGAAGGUGAGCCACCAUACUUGAAUGAAACUCCAUUGAGAGCAUUAUAUCUUAUUGCUACUAAUGGUACUCCUAAAUUGAAGGAUCCAGAAUCUUUGAGUUAUGAUAUCAGAAAGUUUUUGGCAUGGUGUUUACAAGUUGAUUUCAAUAAGAGAGCUGAUGCCGACGAAUUAUUGCAUGAUGCAUUUAUUACAGGAUGUGAUGAUGUAUCUUCGUUAAGUCCAUUAGUGAAAAUUGCCCGAUUGAAGAAGAUGAGUGAAUCAGAACAAUGA